AAAAUCGACAAUCCAAACUUGAUGCGUCAAAGACGAGGAGGAGGAGGAGGUGCCGGUGCCUGAAUGCUUCGGCCGCGAGCGGCGGCCCAUCCGAUGCCAUGGACGACUCGGAAUCUACUGAGCAGUCCCAGUCGCAGCUGUCACAGGCGUCAGCGGUGUCUGACACGCAGCUGCUGGACUCGUCGGCGCUGAACGAGGAGGCUCUGAGCAGCACGAGUCGUCGGCAGGAUGCGGUGAUCCCGGACUCGGCCAUCUACGUCGGCGGCGCGUUCAUCGCGCUCGUGGUCGUCGGCGGGAUCCUGGCUAGCGCCAUGGCGCUCAGGACAAGCACGUCGCAUCUGGACAUAUUGGGCACGGGCCUUCCGCUCGCGAAGGAGGAAGAAGAAUCACCUUCUCCGCCCAUGGUCUUGCCGAGUGGAGUGCAAGGUGGAGGUGCGUCGCACGACCACGACCAACCUUCGAACCUCGGCGUAGACAACGAGCCGGAGUCCGACGAGCGCAGACAGACCAGGCCGCCGAAACACCGAAAAACACAGGCAAGGGAAGGCAGCAAAAAGCGAACGGCUCGCACCAAAAGGCAGCCGAAGGCGACACCAGCGCCGCCGCCGCUCGUCACGGCCGAAGAAGAAGAGACGGCGGAGUCUGAGGACAGCGAAGAGGGCGAGGAGGCCACCACGACGUCUGAAGCGACCACCCGUCGCCGGACUACGAAAAAAGUCAGCGGAGCUAAGGGAAAACGGCGACGCAACGCAGUCGCCACGGGACGGCGCCCGACCCCUCCGCCGGAAACGCGCGCGCGGGACGGUCUCCCACGCCGCGACAAAGAAGAUGAUGAACCGGCCGAAGAGGAACAACCCGAAGAGGAAUCCGAGCACGAAAAACCUGCGGUGGAACAACCUCCAGGGGAGCAUCCCGCAGCGGAAGAACCUUCAACGGAGCAUCCCGAGGGUGAAGAACCCUCCGAGGAGGAGAACAAAUCCGGGGAAGAGCGCCUUGUCGCCACAUCGACUCGACGUCCUGCUGCCAAGUCCCGGACGAAGUCCCGGACGAAGUCCCGGACGAACGUCAAGGCGGGGAAAAAGGCGCAGCCGACGACGCCACGGACGACGGUGACAAAGACUACGACGCAGGAGCCUACCGUCAGAGUCCAGCGGCUUCCGGAAAUGUCGCACCCCCUGCUGUGCACGGUGUCAUCGCUGGCCGUUGAGGAGCUGCGAUACCCCCACCAGUACUGCACGCACAUAAUCUACACGCACGCCGAGUUCGACUUCGCCAAGAAGAGCUUCGUCGCCCCCAUGGCCUCGCUGAGCUUCACCUCGUUCCUGGAGAGCAAGUCCAAGUGGGCCAACAACACCGAGGGUCCGCGCUACUUGGUCUCCCUGUCGCCGGCGUUCGUGGCGCAGCAUGCGCCAGAGAUGGCGGCGGGUCACAAGUCGGCUUGGGACAUGGCGGCCUGGCUGGAGGCCAAGGACCUCGCGGGCCUCGCCCUCGUCGAGCAGAUCCUGACGCCCGAAAACGCGGACUUCUACGUCAAGUUCAGCUUGGUGUUCAAAGAUGCCCAACAAGUUAGUCUCGAGUUUGUUCUCGGGUUUUCCUCGGGGUACUUGAACGAGCUGCAACCAAAACUCAAGAUUCUCUCAUCGCAAGUCCACUACAUGAUCUUGGAGACGCACGUCAAGCAGUUCCCCGACAACUGCGUCGCCCUGUUCCCCACCGCUUUCAACGUGUCCCGCAACCCCAAGGUCCUCCAGCUAAAGAACAACCUGUUUCCGAGGUCAGCGUUGCAGUUCGUGGAGACGCUAAACGCGGCAGGUCCGGGUACCCACGCCAAGGCGUGCAUUUCGGUGCUCAUGGGCGUGCUCAUGUACAUUGUACCGAAGGGUCUCAUCCACGCGCCAUCCCAGGACUGCAUCGACUUCUCCUGGUGCACCUACUCCGACGUAUGUCAUUCCAAGUCCAAGUUCAAGUACUACGAGUGGGCGGAAGCCGUGACUCAGUCCGAACAAUCCCGGAUGUACAUGUUCGACGACGAGACCACGAUCGUCAACAAGGUAAUGAAGACGAAGCACGCAAGUCCCAAGACCUGCGUGUCCCUGUACCGGACGGACCUGGAUGACUUUUCCGGCACGUGCAACAACGGUUCGCCGUUCCUCCGGGUGGCCGCCGUUCGCAAGGCGAUCCUGUCCUGAUGAGUCGGCCGGGCUGCCGGACUUUUUUUUUUAGCCCGCAGUCCGCACACACAGCGAGCGAGCUAGAGAGAGAGACCACACACACACGCACGAUGGCUCACCGUCGUUCAUUCUUGUCUUCGAAGAAGAUCUCGGGCGACGAUGUGUACGUGAGGCACCUCAAAAAGACGGCCUCCACCGCCUUCUCAACCCUCAUUCAUCUGCACGACCGUCAUAUCAUUUCAGAGACUCCACGUCCCUUGAAGAGAAGGCGCGCGCCGCGCGAUUACGGCAUUGGUGCUGUACAGUGCGUAUUUACGAAAGAAAAACGGCGAAAUUUCGAAA